AUGGCAGCGUGCGAGGACCUACGCGAGCUCAUGGCCGAAGUUGGCAUGGAGACGCCAGGGGCAGCGCAGGAGUACAACAAGACGCGAUUUGCUUCGUUGGUGGAGCAAGUGCGGGCUUCGCCCGCCACAACUCCGGACCAGCGAAGCCGGCUGGAGCAAGUCACGUCGCUCUACGCCGGAGUGCGCCAGGAGAACGGGUGCCACCUCUUCCUGGCAGGCGCGUGGCCCCGGCAGAAAGGCAGCGUCCUGCGGCAGAACCAGCAGCACCGGCUGCUCCGCAGCCCUUUGCGCUCGGCGCUGUUCACCUUCAACUCCCUGGCGCUGAAAAGGGAGAGCUGGUCAGACUUUCUCACGUGGCUCGCCACGCUGGAGUUCGUGGCUCGGUUCACCGCAACUAUGGAGGAUUCCUACCAUUCAGCGCAUGAGGGAAGAGUUCAUUUGCACUUCUUCGCCGAAUUCAACCGCCCUGUUGACUGGACCACGCUGCGGCCCGUGAUAUUUGGAGGCAUUACGCCAAACGCGCAGCCAACUCGCGCGCGAGGUCCUCGAACCAGGGAAGCCAUGGACCAGGGCCAUUUCUACUGCUACGCGCAGAAGGUGGGCACUUUGGAAGUGGCGACCUCCAACUAUGAGCCUUGGAUCCACUACACGGUUAAGGGGCCUUGGUUGGAUUCCCUAUGGAGCGCGCACAAGCUGUCGCACCAGACGUACCUCCAGUAUGCGUGCCAGGUUCGCACUGGCUUCAUCGGGCGCCAGCGGCAGGUGGAGGCAGUGCAGAUGCACGAGGAGCGCGGACGGCUGCUGGAGCAGCAAGCUGCCGCAGAGGUGUCGCUGCAGCGCCUGAAAGGCGAUUUCAAGGCACCGGUGCUGGCGCGAUGCGAGUCCUGGGCAUCCCAAUACCAAGAGCCGAAGAUGAGGUACAAGUUUCUGAUCUUGAGAGGAGGCUCGCAGAGUGGCAAAAGCACUCUUGCAAAAAGCCUUGGUGCUCUCUCUGUAGAGGGCGUUUUCCAAAUGGCUUAUAUUGUACCUGAGAGGCUUCUGACACUCGUCCGUCCAGCAUUUGACCUCGUCCUGCGAAGGAUUCGAAGUCUAAAACGCUGCGUGCAGGCGUGUGGCUGCAAAAUAGAGACCCCUAGAUUUGCUUGCAAUUUGGCUCCAGGUUGCAUUUCAAGCGAGCCAAGCUUUGCAGGGCUAAGGAAAAACAAAAAAAAUCAAAAAAAGGGGUCCAAAAAAAUGGGGUCCCCAAAAAAAAGGGAAAAGGGGUUUCCUUUGGCAAAGCUUGACAUCGCUUGA